ACAUAUUUAACUAAAACUAAAUACGAUGAAUUAAUAUCUGAAGUAAAAAAACUUAAACUGAAAUCAAGAGGCCAUAAACUUUUGAAAAAAUAUGAUGUAAUAACAGUAUCUGACGUGGAAAAAUUAAUUGUUCCAGUGAGUAAAGGUAAUGAUUUUAAGUACUAUGUUUUUAAUGAAGAAUUAUUUAAUGUUAUUCAUGAUACUCAUUUAAUUAUCGGUCAUGGUGGACGAAACCGUAUGGAAUAUGAGCUUAAUAAAAAAUAUAAAAAUAUUACAAGAGAAUCGAUUAUGUUAUAUUUAAAUCUAUGCAUAUCUUGUCAAAAAAAAGGCAGUACUGCAAAGAAAGGUCUUGUUGUAAAACCAAUCAUCUCAAAUGAAUUAAAUUCUAGAUGUCAAAUUGAUCUUAUAGAUAUGCAAGCACAACCUGACGGAAACUAUAAAUUUAUUUUAGUGUAUCAGGACCAUCUAACAAAAUUUGUUUUGCUUCACCCAUUAACGCAUAAACGUGCCGAAGAAGUGGCUUAUGUACUUCUUGAUAUUUUUACAACAUUUGGCGCACCAGCGAUUCUACAAAGUGACAAUGGCCGAGAAUUCGUAAAUAAAAUAAUAAACGAAUUAUGUAAUAUGUGGGAAGAUUUAAAAAUUGUACACGGAAAACCAAGACAUUCGCAAAGUCAAGGGUCCGUCGAAAGGGCCAAUCAAGAUGUGGAAAACAUACUUGCCACUUGGUUACAAGACAAUAAAACAAAGAAAUGGAGUGAAGGACUAAAAUUUGUUCAAUUUAUGAAAAAUCGAUCAUUACAUCAUGGAAUAAAAUGCAGUCCAUAUGAAGCAAUGUUUGGAUGUAGCGCUAAAAUUGGAUUAAAAUCAUCGGCACUUCCAAUAUUAAUAAUUAAUAAUUUAAAAACUGGAGAAGAUUUAGAGGAGGCUAUUACAUCAUUUACAUCCAUGAAUACUGGAGAUCAUUGUGAAGUUGAUGAAACAUUAAUUGAAGAAAAAAUAGAUAAUAGAAUAAAUAAAAUAAUUACUGUAAGAACAGAGUCAGUCGUAAAUUUAAAAAUUCAAGCUAAUCGAAUGAAAGAAGAAUCCGAAAAAAGAUUUUGUGAUGCAAAAGUGGGUGAAACCGUCAAAAUCAAAAUACCUGAUGUAGACAGAGCUCGCAGCGACCUUCGUUGUAUUCUUGGAGUUAUCCUAGCAGUUCAUGACAAUAACUAUAAGAUAGGAACCACCGAAGGAAAGUUGGAACACACAUAA